AUGAAAUUAAUUAUACCUCUACUUGUUUUUGAAGCCUUGAGUGCCUGCGUAGAUUAUCCAUCAAGUGAUCCACCAUUAUACUGUGAUUCUGUAGUCACCUGGCCUGUAUCAGAUACAAUAGCUAAUAACGUAUUUGAGCAAAACAGAUAUGCAAUGGAACUCUAUCGAAAUCUAAAACAAAGAUAUCUCGAUCUAUCGACAAAAGACCCAACUUUGGACUGCCUUGCAGUAGCCUACCAAUUCUACUGCUCUCAUGCGUUUCCAUACUGUACAGAUACAGAACCUACCCGUGGCGUAUGUCAUUUUCUAUGCGCAAUAUGAAAGGAUAGAUGUCCAAAGGAGCCACAUGCGUUUUUCUGUAGUAAUAAUGAGACUUCUCAUUGCUCAAACGCAGUCUCACUUAUGUCAUCCCUGCUUUUAAUUUAUUUGUCUUUUAUUUAA